UUUUUGGAAGUGUUUAAUAUGAAAUACUGUCAAUGAUACAGUCUUUAAAGCAGCUUGGUUGGUCUGCAAUUUUAUUUGCGAUCUUGGAAAUUAUCAGUUGUCAUUGAUCAAAUAAAAAAGGGCGUUGAAGUGCCCCCUUAGGAGGCAGCACUGAUAAUAUGAGCGGUAGGGAUCUUUCGCUGUCACAGGCAGUCUGUUUUUGUUGAUACCGUCAGCAGCCGCUCAGGAGGGAGACACAGAGGAAUUAAUGCGUAUUUAAACGGCAACACAGACAGUCGUGUUGGAAAUACACUGAAGACGAAAAAUGAGAGGCCUAGGAUACUUUAUUGCACUUUUAUUCUUUCCCAUGACAUUUGGUGUGGAUUUUCAUGUGGAACCAGGCUCGUAUAGCGCGCACCGGGUGUAUGUGAAGUCUCCCGUAGCCGCCAGAAGUCUAAUCGGGACGGGAUCGGAUGCAGAUAUUUCUCGUAUCCACCAUCAUAUCCAGAAAAGGAGCGCAGAUGAUGGACCAGACUCCUGUAAUGGGUUGGAUGGAUUUGAGACCAAGUUAACUAGCAAUACGCACAGCUUUACCUUUCAAGAUAUCAGUCGGUCUGUGUCUCUGGCCUGGGUGGGGGAUGGAACUGGGGUAGUGCUGGCCCUGACAACAUUUCAGAUGCCAAUAGUCUUCCUGCGAUUCGGUCAGUCUAAACUGUACAGGAGUGAAAACUAUGGAAAGUCGUUUGAGGAUGUUACAGAACUUAUCAACAACACCUUCAUCAGCACUGACUUUGGGAUCACUAUUGGUCCGGAAAACUCUGGCAAGGUGAUCCUCACGGGAGAUGCUUCCGGAGGCAGUGGUUCCAGAAUUUUCCGUUCAAGAGAUUUUGGCAAGCGUUUCAUCCACACAGAAUUGCCCUUCCAUCCACUAAUGCAGAUCAUGUACAACCCUCAAAACUCAGAUGUUCUUGCAGCCAUCAGCGUCACGCGUGAUCUCUGGAUCUCUAAAGACUUUGGUGAAACAUGGAAGAAAAUCCAUGAGAUGGUGUGCGUGGUCAAAUGGGGAAUGGAUACUCUGUUUUUCUCCGCCAACCUUAACGGAUCCUGCUAUGAUAAAGGGGUGCUGGUGCUGAGAAAGUCAGAGGACUUUGGUGUUAAUAUUAAGACAGUCGCCGAAAGAAUCUACUCCUUUGGGAUCGGCGGACGCUUCCUGUUCGCAUCAGUUAUGGCUGGAUCAGGAAACAUAAUGCCGUCAGCGUCUGAGGACAUGAUACGGGCAAUACAUGUGUCGGUAGACAAGGGUGAGACGUGGAACAUGGCACAACUUCCUCCUGUCGGCCAUGAGCAGUUUUAUUCAAUACUGGCAGCCAAUGAUGAAAUGGUCUUCAUGCAUGUGGAUGAACCAGGAGACACUGGGUUUGGCACCAUUUAUGUAUCAGAUGACAGAGGCACUGUGUAUUCCAAGUCUCUAGAACGCCAUCUGUAUACGACCCCAGGGGGCGAGACAGAUUUCACGAACGUCACUUCCCUCAGAGGAGUCUUCACAACUAGCGUGCUGGCUGAGGAUGGCUCAGUACAGACAGUCAUAUCAUUUGAUCAGGGAGGUGAAUGGAUUCCUUUGAAGAAACCAGAGAACACCAAGUGCGAUUCUACAGCCAAAGAUCCAGAAAUGUGUAGUCUGCAUAUUCAUGCCUCAUACAGCACCUCCAUGAAGCUGAAUGUUCCCAUGCUGCCUCUGAGUGAACCUAAUGCUGUGGGACUUAUAUUGGCUCAUGGCAGUGUAGGUGACGCGAUCUCAAUGAUGGCUCCUGAUGUGUACGUGUCUGAUGAUGGAGGCUACACCUGGCUGCAGGCUCUGAAGGGGCCGCACCAUUACGCCAUCCUGGACUCAGGAGGCCUGCUGGUGGCCGUGGAGCACAACGAAGCCAUACCUAUCUCUGAGAUUAAGUUCUCCACUGAUGAGGGGCAAUGCUGGCACGUUUAUAAGUUCACCCAGACGCCGAUGUUCUUCACAGGGCUUGCCUCAGAGCCUGGUGCCCGCUCAGUGAAUGUCAGUCUGUGGGGUUAUGAAGAUGCUCUGAUCAGCCACUGGGUAACUUACACCAUUGACUUUAAAGACCUGCUGACACGUACCUGCCAGGAGACUGAUUACGUUCAGUGGCUGGCACACUCUGACGACAUCAGCGACCCAGACGAUGGCUGCAUGCUGGGUUAUAAGGAACGUUUCCUGCGUGUGAGAAAGGACUCGGUGUGUUGGAUUGGCAGAGAUUACAUAGUCACAAAGCAGCCCACGCCGUGCAGUUGUACACUGGAUGACUUCCUGUGUGACUUUGGAUAUUACCGUAAAGAGAACAGCUCAGUAUGUAUUGAACAGGCUGAUCUCAAAGGCCACGAUUUGGAGAUAUGCAUCCAUGGGAAAAAGGAACAGCUACAGACCAGCGGGUACCGAAAGAUUCCAGGUGAUAAAUGUGAAGGAGGGAAAGAACCAAAAAGAAGGGUGAUUGACCUGAGCAAGAGAUGCGUUAGCAACCUUCUGGAGCCUCAACUGCUGACAGAUAAAUCUACCUCACAUUCCGCCCCUAUCAUUGCGAUCGUCAUGGUCAUCCUGCUGACCAGUGUAGUGUUUGGAGUUCUGUUUGUAAAGAAGUACGUCUGUGGUGGAAGGUUCCUUGUACACAGAUACUCUGUCUUACAACAUAAUGUGGAAGCCAACGGCAUAGAUGAACCACUGGAAACAGAUGUUGCUGGAGCACCCAAGAUUGAUUUCCAUGAUGACUCAGAUGAGGACCUACUUGAGUAAAGAGCAUUAGGUGAGCAGAAGAAGCUACAUUUCCUGUCAUUCAGGCAUUACUGCUGCUGUCUCUAUCUUCCUAAAGCACAAACCAGCUGUCAGCUUUCUCAGACUUAAUCUACCAGCUAACGUCAUGCACUUCCUUGCUUCUCGACCAAUGGAAGGGAACCUGGUUGCUUCUCCACCAAUAGGAAGCUGUUCUCAUGAUAGAAGAGGCUUUUGAAUGUAAAUCUGCUGAAAGCAGUGAAGAAGUGUUUAAAAUGCUGUUUGUGGGAGUUUCAAUUCUUGCUUUUGACGUUGGGGUCUUCUGGGUGUGAUUUUAAAGAUCAAACCUUUGUUUGAUGAGACUGUCAUUGGGGUACUUGUAAAAUACUUGCUUUCUUUUUAUGUACAGAUGCCCUUAUGUGAGAGUUAGGUUUUAUUUAUCCUCAUGGUAAUAUCAGAUUUUUAUUUCACCAGAAAUUUUAUUUAGCGACAGAAUACAAUGAAUCAUAUCACACGCAUCCCAGGUUUAAAUACUGUGCUACUGAACCCUGACUGUGUUUAUCGCCAGAAUGUGAUCAUAACUGCUGUCAAUGUCCACUUUGCUGUAAGUAAUCAGGUGCAUUAAUGAAAAUAGCAAUAAAAUGCUGGGAAGUAUUUAGGCAAUAGAUUUGGCUUUACAAAAAGGGAAAAUAUUUAUAAUUUAAGAUUUAUGAACAUUAUUUACCUAAAACUGUGUAGCUAUGUUAUAGGCUGUGAGUUUAAUAAAGGGGGAAUUUGAUAUUUGAUAUUACAAAUAACCGUAGAACAUGGAGAUUCAUUUCACAUAUUACACAAUUAAUUUGUAAGCCACUGUUACAUUUCAAAUAAAGUGAUUUCUGCGACAGUUAGGAAACAUUUUGUAAUAAUAAAUAUUUUUAUGAACUAAGCAAUGAUACAAAUGCAUGUACAAUAUAAUACAGUUGUAGUUUGUGUACAAACUUGCACACUUUGCCCGAAUCAAAUUUUGUAGUUAAACAGUUUUAUUAGCCUUCAACAUUUGUGCCGUUUCUUUGUUCUCGUCUUGACAGCAGGAAAGUCCCAUGUUAUCAAGCAGAAUAAAGUGUGACUUUUUUUAACCAUUGUGCACAGAAACGCGUAAAAACUGACUAAGUGUUUGUGUGACAAACCAUUAGUCGUAAUAAUUUUGCAUGUGCUAAUUAUUUUCUUCUGUGUGCAGCAAACUUCAUUGAGGUGAAAACAGUUCCUGUGGUCUGAAGUUUUUGACCAUGUGAUUUCAUUUUGAAAAUUCAAAUGCAUUAGAGCAGUUUAGCACAUUUCCAUUGGUACUUCCUGUUUGCAUAGAUGUUUGAUGUCUGAUGCUGUGAGUUUUCUAUUAAGUGUGUAUUUAAAUAUCAGUUCUAGUUAAUUUGGAGCCAUUUAUCGUUUAUUUACACAUACCUAAACAAAUAAUAUUUUCUUAAAAGAAGACAAUCUCCAUUGCGAAGACUCUUAUGAGAUUAUGAGUUACAUAGUGUUUAAUAGGUAUAAAAUUCUAGUGUAUAUUUUGAUUCAAGUGCCUAGCAUGGAGGCAUAGCUUAUGCCUUCCAAUUAAAUGUAAGCUCAUCUUCAAUAAUUCUAAAAUAAGAGAACAAUCUCAUUUCAGAAAGAACUCCCACAGCUCAUAAUGAGAUUUUUAUUCAAAAAAAAAAAAAGAACAAUCAUGCCCCUAAAUGACUUAAUUCUUGUUCCUAAAUUGAGUUGCUCUCUAUGCUUGGGGUAAUAAUAGAUGCAGUGCAAAUUAAAUAUACUGUAAAGCUAAAUGAUUUCCAUUGUGACAGUGAUUUUAUUUAUAAGAGGUGUUACACUUUUCUUGCUGCGCAAAGUCAAUGUAUAUAUUAGUUGUGAAGCUCUGUACAUACACAGCAAUUCCAACUUUGCAUCUUUUAUUUUUGCUCUGUAUAUUUGGAACAGAACUGUUUGUUUGAGAAAUAAAAUGAUUUGUCCCAUU